CAGCUUGGUGCCGACUCCCUGGGGAGCGGCGACGGUGGCGUCUUGGGGCUAGUCGGAGCGAUCACCUGCCUCCGCCCUCUUGCCACCGCUUGGUGAGUGCACCGCGGGUCCUCGCCACCUUGCCUGGCUUUUCGGCCCCCAUCCCUGCUGCCGCUGAGCAAGCCUUCCGUGGAACACCUGCUGCUGCUCGAUUUCGGACCGGGGCGGAGACACAGCUACGGACGUCCUUGCGGGGUCUCACUAAGUUGUCCAGGCUGGCCUUGAAAUUGCAGUCCUCCUGCCUUGGCCUCCUGAAUUGCUGGAAUUACAGGGCCUCUGCUCUCCAGGAAGAUAAAAGUUUUUAAAGCUGCCUAGCACUAGGAGGUGAGAAGUCUGCCAAAUACCUGCUCUGUGCCAAUAACCUGGUUGGGGAGAGAACAACAGAGUAAAUGCUGUCAAGACCUGGGCAGUGGGUCUUUCCUCCCUCUUUUCCUCUCAGGGCAGCGAUCAUCAUCACCUUUUACUGCAACAGAUAUUGAUCAUCCUGCCUCACAGUGUAGCCUCACUUUCUUUGUCUGAAUUGGGGAGAAGGGGAUAACGAGGUGGAGCUUGUUCUGGAGACCAGAAGUCCAAAAUCAAAUCUUGGCUCUAAGAUGGAGCAGGUGUAUAGAGGGUAAGAACCCAAUUCUGGGACCACGUCACUUUCUUCCUUCCUUAACAAGACUGUCGGCUUGAGCAGCUUGGACCUGGGAUGAGGAUGUCUGUGGGCCUUUCACUGCUGCUCCCCUUCUGGGGGAGGAUCUUUGUCCUCCUGCUUUCUGUGGCCAUGAUUCAAUCUCGCUGGCCCAGUGAACCGUCAGAGGCCAUCAGGGACUGGGAGAACCAGCUUGAAGCGUCCAUGCAUUCAGUGCUUUCAGAUCUUCAUGAAGCUGUUCCCAGGGUGGUUGGCAUUCCCGAUGGCACAGCUAUCGUCGGGCGCUCAUUUCAAGUGACCAUUCCUACAGAUUUAAUUGCUUCCAGUGGAGAAAUCGUCAAGGUAUCGGCAGCGGGGAAAGAGGCUUUGCCAUCUUGGCUGCACUGGGACCCACAGAGCCACACCUUGGAGGGCCUCCCCCUUGACACUGAUAAAGGUGUGCAUUAUAUCUCAGUGAGCGCUGCACGCCUGGGGGCCAAUGGGAGCCAUGUCCCUCAAACCUCCAGUGUAUUCUCUAUUGAGGUCUACCCUGAAGAACACAGUGAGCCACAGUCCAUGCGAGCAGCCUCACCAGACCCUGGGGAGGUAGUGUUUUCUGCUUGCGCUGCUGAUGAGCCAGUGACGGUCCUGACAGUGAUUCUGGAUGCUGAUCUCACCAAAAUGACCCCAAAGCAAAGGAUUGACCUCCUGCACAAGAUGCAGAGUUUCUCAGAAGUGGAACUUCACAACAUGAAGUUGGUGCCAGUGGUGAAUAAUAGACUCUUUGACAUGUCAGCCUUCAUGGCCGGCCCAGGAAAUGCAAAAAAGGUUGUGGAGAAUGGGGCUCUGCUCUCCUGGAAACUGGGCUGCUCCCUGAACCAGAAUAGUGUGCCUGACAUUCAUGGCGUGGAGACCCCUGCCAGGGAGGGUGCUAUGUCUGCCCAGCUUGGCUACCCUGUGGUAGGUUGGCAUAUUGCCAAUAAGAAGCCCCCUCUUCCAAAAAGAAUACGGAGGCAAAUUCAUGCUACACCAACACCUGUCACUGCCAUUGGACCUCCAACCACGGCCAUCCAGGAGCCACCAUCCAGGAUAGUGCCUACCCCCACAUCUCCAGUCAUUGCUCCUCCAACAGAGACUAUGGCUCCACCUGUCAGGGAUCCUGUUCCUGGAAAACCCACAGUCACCAUUCGCACUCGAGGUGCCAUUAUUCAGACCCCCACUCUAGGCCCUAUUCAGCCCACUCGGGUGUCAGAAGCUGGUACCACAGUUCCUGGCCAGAUUCGCCCAACAGUGACCAUUCCUGGUUAUGUGGAGCCCACGGCAGUUGCUACUCCUCCCACAACUACAACCAAGAAGCCACGAGUAUCCACACCAAAACCAGCAACGCCUUCAACUGAUUCCUCAACGACGACAACCCGCAGGCCCACCAAGAAACCACGGACUCCCCGACCAGUGCCCCGAGGCACCACCAAAGCUCCCAUCACCAGACUGGAAACGGCCUCUCCACCUACUCGAAUCCGCACCACCACCAGUGGAUUGCCCCGUGGGGGAGAACCCAACCAGCGUCCAGAACUCAAGAACCACAUUGACAGAGUGGAUGCCUGGGUGGGUACCUACUUUGAGGUGAAGAUCCCAUCGGAUACCUUCUAUGACAAUGAGGAUACCACCACUGACAAGCUAAAGCUGACCCUGAAGCUGCGGGAGCAGCAGCUAGUGGGUGAGAAAUCUUGGGUGCAGUUUAACAGCAACAGCCAACUCAUGUAUGGCCUGCCUGACAGCAGCCAUGUGGGCAAACAUGAGUAUUUCAUGCAUGCCACAGACAAGGGGGGCCUUUCAGCUGUAGAUGCUUUUGAGAUCCAUGUCCACAAGCGGCCUCAAGGAGACAGGGCUCCUGCAAGGUUCAAGGCCAAGUUUGUGGGUGACCCAGCAACAGUGGUGAAUGACAUCCACAAGAAGAUUGCCUUGGUGAAGAAGCUGGCCUUUGCCUUCGGUGACCGAAACUGCAGCACUGUUACCCUGCAGAAUAUCACCAGAGGCUCAAUCGAGGUAGAAUGGACCAACAAUACACUGCCCUUGGAGCCCUGUCCGAAGGAGCAGAUUAUUGGAUUGAGUCGGAGGAUUGCUGAGGAUAAUGGGAAACCUCGGUCUGCCUUCUCCAAUGCCCUGGAGCCUGACUUUAAGGCCAUGAGCAUUGCUGUGACAGGUUCUGGCAGUUGUCGACACCUACAGUUUAUCCCUGUGCUACCACCCAAGAUGGGGUCCUCACUGGCACCAACCACAGAGAUGCCAGACAGGGACCCUGAGAAGAGCAGUGAGGAUGAUGUUUAUUUACACACAGUCAUUCCGGCUGUGGUAGUUGCAGCCAUCCUGCUCAUUGCUGGCAUCAUAGCAAUGAUUUGUUAUCGCAAGAAGCGGAAGGGCAAGCUUACCCUUGAGGACCAGGCCACCUUUAUCAAGAAAGGGGUGCCUAUCAUCUUUGCAGAUGAGCUAGAUGACUCCAAGCCCCCACCCUCCUCCAGUAUGCCACUCAUCCUGCAGGAGGAGAAGGCCCCCCUUCCACCUCCUGAGUACCCCAACCAGAGUGUGCCCGAGACUACUCCUUUGAACCAGGACACAGUGGGAGAGUACACACCCCUGAGGGAUGAGGAUCCCAAUGCACCUCCUUAUCAGCCUCCCCCACCCUUCACAGCCCCCAUGGAGGGCAAGGGCUCCCGUCCCAAGAACAUGACCCCAUACCGGUCACCCCCUCCCUAUGUCCCCCCUUAACCCACAAGCGCCUGGGUGGAGGCAGGGUUAGGGCAGGGGCCUAGAGACAACUUGGUGUUGUCUGUGGAAACCGGUGACCUGCAGACCAUCACCCACCGGUAGCUGACACCCGACCUAGCACACACUGACACACGGGGCCUAGACGAGCCCACCCUCUCUGGUCCUCCCAAACCCCAAAGCAGCUGGAGAGACUUUGGGGACUUUUUUAUUUUUUGCCUAACAGCUUUUUGUUUGUUCAUAGAAAAUUCUUCGCUGAGUUUUUUGAUGGCUGGCUCUGAAAACAUUUGUUUGAGUAGUAGUUAGGUGGAGGGAGCGAGGAACCGUGAAUGAACUUGCAGGCAGUGCUGGGUGGCCCCCCAGCUCUCUGCGUUUUGCCUUUAACACUAACUGUACUGUUUUUUCUAUUCACGUGUGUCUAGCUGCAGGAUGUAACAUGGAAAACAGUAGCUAAAGAUUAAAUUCAAAGGACUUUCAGAAGUUAAGGUUAAGUUUUUACAUUUAAUCUGCUGUUUACCUAAACUUGUAUGUAUAAUUUUUGGGUGGGUACGGGGAAUUGCUUUGCUAAAAAUAAGCUCCCAGGGUGUUUCAAUCUUAGAGAAGACCAAGGGACAGUAUUUUUUAUCAAAGGAAUCCUAUUUUUUCACACUACGUCAACUUGGUUGCUCUGAUACCCCAGAGCCUGAUGGGGUCCUCCUGACCCUGGCUUGGGGGCCAGGGCCUUGGUGCUGGGUUUGCUCUCCUGCUGUUGCCAGAGGCUGGAAGCUGGAGGGGCCUAUUGGGCUGUGGACAUCCCCACCUCCACCCCAUGCACACUAAUGGCCCACCACCAAGGGGUCUUCAUUUCCAUGGAAAAGGGACUCCAAGAGGCAUUGGUGGCCAUGGCCCCCAACCUAGGUGCUCCAAGGUGGGCCAUCUGCUCAUGGGGGCACCUGGGAGGUCGAGGGACUCGACCACAUCAACCUAUUUUGUUUUUCCCUUCUUCUGGUAUGUUCCCCCUCUCCCCAAAAGGAAUAUCAUGUUUUUGGAAACACUCAGUGGGGGACAUUUUGGUGACGAUGCAAUAUUUUUAUGUCAUGUGAUGUUCUUUCCUCACUUGACCUUGGCUGCUUUGUCCCAACAGUCCACAGUCCUACCCAAAACCCACCCCUUUCCUUUUCUCUGGCACUCCAGUCCCAGGCCUUGGGCCUGAAUGACUGGAAAAUGGUGGCUGGGGAGGAGUGCCAGCAAUAGUUCAUAGUAAAAAUCUGUGGGCUCUCAAAGCUAAUUUUUUACUAAAGUUUUUAUACAGCCUCAAAUUGUUUUAUUAAAAAAAAAAAAGAUUAAAAAUGGUGAUGCUUACAGCAGUUUGUACAAGCUCUUAGUGUUGAAUCCAUGGAACUGACGGCUUUGCUCAUUUUGACCACCACCCCCCCUUCUUUUCCUAACAGUUUAAAUUCUGGAACUACACUAGGGCUUCUCUUGCCUUUUUUAGCAAAACAUCCGUCCGUCCAUCUGCAUCUCUGUCCCAUGACUCAGGGGCAUCCACUCUGCUUCAGUUUUCCUCCUUUGGAAGAAAUUGUUUUGGAGCAUGACUUUUCUUGAUGUCUUGAGUUAUUUCGGGUACCUUUUAGGGAGGAAUGCCUUUUGCAAUAAUGUAUCCCUCUGUGAUUGAGGGUGGGUGGGGUGGGUGAACCCAGGCUCCCUCUGCACACGGAGCAGCUACUUCUAAGCCAUAUUGACUGUUUUGCAGAGGAUUUGACUGUUGCAGAGGAUUUGACUGUUUUGCAGAGUUUUUGUGUGUGCUCCCUCAGUAGGGGAAGAUAGGAGGGGAAAGGUCUUCAUUUCUGCUCUUCUCCAGAGGCAUUUCCCUUGCGCCUUCUUCCACAGGGCCCAACCCUCUCCCCUGCCCCAGCCUCCAGUAGGCUACUCUGGAGUGAGCAGCACCCUUGGAGGAGGAGCCUAUAGAUGAGGGCUCAGUGGGUGGCUGGUGACCAGGCCUCAUGCUUCUAUGCCCUGGUCUAAGCCAGAGUUGAGUCAGGAGCACAAGUGGAAUCUGACCUGGUGUGAUUUUUUUUCUGAUGACCUCAUCAAAAAAUAAACAAUUUCCAAUGUUCCAGGUGAGGGCUUUGAAAGGCCUUCAAAACAGCUCUGUUGCCCUUAGCAACCCCACCAUUGGGCAUUGCCCUGCUGUGGCUGUCCCAGAAUGUCCUGUUGCCAUAGCAACUGGAGGCAAUGGGGCAGUGAACAGAAUAAUAACAGCAACAAUGCCUUUGCAGGCAUACUCCUCCCUGAGCACUGGGCUGGCAAUGCCAUUGGACUCUGAGACGGAGAGCCAAUCUCACAUUCAAGUGUUCACCAACCACUGACGUGUUUUUAUUUCCUUCUAUAUGAUUUUAAGAUGUGUUUUCUGCAUUCUGUAUAGAAACAUAUCAAACUAAAUAAAAUCAGUGUCUUUAUUACAA